AUGGGAAACUGUUCUACAGCAUCAUCAGUGGAGUUGCCAUCGCCUGAGUCACAACAGAGUCAAACUGGAAAUGAAAAUGAAAAUGAAAAUGAAAUAAAUAUGUAUCUGAAAUGUGCCAAACAAGAAUUCGAUGCUAAAUAUGCACAACCGUCGAAACAAAUGGUCAAGUUAGAAGACUUUGAAUUGGAACGAACCAUUGGUAUGGGAAUGUUUAGUCGUGUCAUGUUAGCGAAGUAUGAAAAUAAAUUAUUGGCAUUAAAGAUCAUAGAAAAACAUGCCAUUGUCGAAUAUGCACAAGUCGAAUGUAUUCUAUCCGAAAAACGUAUUUUACAAGCAAUCAAUUUUCCAUUUAUUGUCAGUUUAGUCUAUUCAUUUAAAGAUAAUUCUCAUCUAUAUUUGGCACUGGAAUUUGCCAGCGGUGGUGAAAUGUUUGUUCAUUUUAAUCAUGUGAAAAAAUUUUCGGAAGAUCAAGUACGAUUUUAUGUUGCACAAAUUGUGCUUAUCUUGGAAUAUUUACACUAUUUGAGUAUUAUCUAUAGAAAUUUGAAAGUAGAAGAAAUCCUAUUUGCAGCUGACGGCUAUUUGAAACUAACUGAUUUUCGAUUGGCUAAAGUUGCACAUGAUCGAACCUUCACACUAUGUGGAACGCCUGAAUAUUUAGCACCUGAAAUCAUCACGGGGAUAGGUUAUAAUAAAAGUGUUGACUAUUGGGCAUUAGGCAUCUUGAUAUACGAACUAGCAGCGGGUUUUUCUCCAUUUCAAGAUGAAGAUCCAAUGAAAGUCUAUACCAACAUUCUUCGAGGCACAUUCAACACUCCACAACACUUUUCAUCUGAUCUUACAGAUUUAAUACAUAAACUGCUUCAAUCUCGUCCAGCGAACCGUUAUGGAAAUUUACAGAAUGGUGUAAAUGAUAUAAAAAAUCAUAAGUGGUUUUCUUCGAUGGAUUGGGUUAGUCUAUUUAAAAAGCGUAUCAAAGCACCUUAUAUACCAGAAGCUGAUAAAGAACACUAUGAAACCUACGAUGAAAAGCAGUUAACGCAUGCUGAAACCGAAUUGUAUCCGACUGAAUUUGAGAAUUUUUAG